AGAACAUGUAGACGGUGCCGAAACUGCUUGUGAUGAGAACGAUGUUGGAUGAGAGGGAUGACGGGGGAGGAGACAUACGCCAACGCCAAAGAAGCGGGAAUACCGAUGAAGGGAACGUUGAUCAGGGAGCGGUCUGCAGGUUCUUGUGUUAGCCACGACUGGUGAUGCCUCGGUAUGUCUCCACGGGCGAACUCACUCAAUGCGAACCCCCCGAACAAGACAAGGCCGAAGAGCACGAGAGUGAAGCCGACAAGGAAUUGGGUGCCUUUGCCGACUGUAGGGAGGAAGGGGCUGCCUGGAGCGUCCCACUGAGCGGCGAGAGAGGGAUCCAUACGGAAGAGAAUACCGGUUUCGCUAACAACAAGCCUCCCCAGCUCGGUGUCAUCGAGGAACGAAACGGCGAGAUCGAGUUCCGCGUAGUCAACAACGACAACCAGCGCGAGUCCAUGAUUGUCCUCAGCGGCCUCAAAUGCAUCUUCCAAAAGCAACUGCCCAAGAUGCCCAAAGAUUAUAUCGCUCGCCUGGUCUACGACCGCACUCACUUAUCCAUAGCAAUUGUCAAGAAACCCUUGGAGGUAGUUGGCGGCAUCACCUACCGUCCCUUCAAGGGCCGCCAGUUCGCCGAGAUCGUCUUCUGCGCCAUCAGCAGCGACCAGCAGGUCAAGGGAUACGGUGCUCAUCUCAUGUCCCACUUGAAGGACUACGUCAAGGCCACCAGCGACGUCAUGCACUUUCUGACAUAUGCAGACAACUAUGCUAUAGGUUAUUUUAAGAAGCAAGGCUUCACCAAGGAGAUCACCCUGCCCAAGUCCGUGUGGAUGGGCUACAUCAAGGAUUACGAAGGUGGCACCAUCAUGCAGUGCAGCAUGCUGCCUAGAGUGCGAUAUCUCGAAAUGGGUCGCAUGCUGUUGAAGCAGAAAGAAUGCGUCCACGCCAAGAUCCGCGCCUUCUCCAAGUCGCAUGUCGUCCACCAACCGCCCAAGGAGUGGAGGAACGGCGUCACUGCCAUAGACCCCAUGUCCAUUCCUGCCAUCCGCGCAUCGGGCUGGUCUCCAGAUAUGGACGAGCUAUCCCGUCAGCCACGGCAUGGUCCAAACUACAACCAACUACUCCAUCUGCUGAACGACCUGCAGAACCACCAGUCUGCUUGGCCCUUCCUCAUCCCCGUCAACAAGGACGACGUGGCCGACUACUACGAAGUCAUCAAGGAGCCUAUGGACUUGUCAACCAUGGAGGCCAAGCUGGAAGCAGACCAGUACAGUACACCAGAAGAGUUCAUUAAAGAUGCCAAGCUUAUCUUCGACAACUGCCGCAAGUAUAACAACGAAACCACCCCAUACGCAAAGUCCGCCAACAAGCUGGAGAAGUAUAUGUGGAAUCAGAUCAAGGCUAUCCCCGAGUGGUCGCAUCUCGAGCCGUAG